CGGAAAUUUACAUCAUUGUCAUGAAAUAAACGAUUUGUUUUUUCCUGGUUUUAUAAUUUCGACUCCAUUGAAAAAUAAAAAUGAACAGAUUAAUUGUAAAUAAUUGUCGCUGCUUAAAGAAAUCGACAUUAUUAUGGGAGACACGGAAAUAUCAAAACUUUCCAUACAUAACACUGUCAAGGUCACUGUCAUAUUACACAACUCAGCCUAUUGGACUACAAAAUGAUAUCACUCAAAAACCAUUCAAUAGCAGAACAUUGUGUCCUGCCUUUGCCAGAGCCAUAUCAACAAGUCAAUGGUACAAUGAGAAGGAGCCACUCAAGCCAUCAUCGAAAGUAGAAGCAACUGUGGAAAACAUAAAAAAAGGUAUAGAAGAUCAGGAGAAACUUCCUAAGAAGGUGGAGGUAAAGAAAAGCAUAAAAGAAAGGAUUAUGGAUGAAGUGAGACAUUAUUAUCAUGGGUUUAGGUUACUAGGUAUAGAAAUCAGAAUUUCUACAUCAUUAGCUCUCAGAAUAUUGAAAGGGGAAUCCCUAACACGCAGGGAACACAGGCUACUCGUCACAACCAUAGGCGAUUUGUUCCGGAUGAUACCAUUUAUUGUUAUCCUACUUAUACCAUUCUUAGAGUUUACUUUACCAGUUUUGAUUAAACUGUUCCCCAACAUGCUGCCAUCCACAUUCGAAAGUAGCAGCCAAAAGGAGGCUAAACUAAAACAGCAUUUAAAGGUUAAGCUAGAGAUGGUAAAGUUCUUCCAGGAGACACUAGAUCAAAUGGCCCCACAAGCUAAAAACAGGCAUUCAGAACUAGCUAAGGAAUUCUCUGCUUUCUUUACCAAAAUAAGAGCUACAGAUGACGUAGCAACGAGCGAAGAAAUCAUGAAGUUCUCCAAACUAUUUGAAGAUGAAAUCACACUGGAUUCACUUCAAAGACCGCAUUUAGUUGCAUUGUGUAAAGUAUUAAAUGUCUCCACUAUUGGGACGGGUGCGAUGUUGAGGUUUAAUUUGAAGAUGAAGCUACGGUCGUUGUCCGCUGACGACAAGAUGAUUGCUAAGGAGGGUGUGGACAGUUUGAACUUUAGUGAGUUACAGCAGGCCUGUAGAGCAAGAGGCAUGAGAGCGUAUGGUGUUUCCGAGGAGAGAUUACGAAAGGAGUUACGAAAUUGGUUGGAUCUGUCGUUGAAUGAGAAAGUUCCUCCGUCGCUUCUGCUGUUGUCUAGAGCUCUUAUGGUACCAGAUCAUGUACCCACAACAUACAAACUGAAGGCAACUAUUUCUGCUCUGCCAGAACAAGUUGCAACACAAACUAAGGCUGCCAUUGGUGAAAGAGAGGGCAAACUUGACUUUAAGGCCAAAGCUGAAGCAAUCAAAUUGGAGGAACAGAAAAUUAAAGAAGAGAAACAGGAAAUGCAAGAAGCAGAGCGAGAGAAGCAGCUGCUUGAAGCGAAGAAGAGAGAGAAAGAAGAACUCAAAGACAAGGCACCGAUCAUCUCCGAGGAUAUUACUCCGAUCAUGGUAGACCCUGCACCAGUGAUCGCUGUAGAUUCCAAACCGAAAACUGAAGAAGGCCUGUCUAGCAAGGACAUGGAAGUGAUAGAGGAUGCUUUAGAAAAAUUAGCGGAGCAGAAGAAGUCUUUGUUAAUUGAAAAGGAAAGCAUUGAGGAGUUGAAGGAAGAACUGUCUGAGUACAGUGAGGACGUUAAGGAGAUGGAUGAGAUGGUGAAGACCAAGCUGGCUGACAUCAAACUGACCAAGGGUGCUAGAAGACUAUACCGUGCUGUGAACAAUAUGAUCAACAAAUUAGAUUCCGCAUUAUUAGAGCUAGAAAGCAAAGAGAAGGAACUCAUAUCUACGCUGGAACAGACGAAGACAGAACCACAGAAGGCUAAAGAACACCUCAUUCAAAUCGACGAACUGAUGCAUUCCAUUAAGAGCUUACAGAAGGUUCCAGACGAGGCUAAACUGAAGCUGAUACAGGAUGUACUGGGCAGGCUAGAUGACGAUUUCGACGGUCAGCUCAAAAUUGAUGAUGUUUUGAAGAUGCUCGAGAUUAUAGGUAAUGAGAACGUCAAUCUAUCGGAGAAGCAAAUGGCCGAACUGAUAGAUCUACUCGACAAGGAGGAGAUUCUAGAAGUUGAGAGCAAGAUACAGAAGGCUUUGGACAAAGCGGCCAAGGCGGCCAAAGAACAGGAUAAAAGUGCUGAUGCUGAUGGGAAGAGUUUAUUCGACUUGAUACGCGAAGCCCAGAAAAGGCGGGAGAUGAAAAAGGCGGUUGAGAAAUUCGGAGAGCAACGGAACAUGCCGAAGAGCGAAGACAUCGUCACAAAAACAGCAGCGAAACCGGAGGAAAGCAGUAAACGACCCGAAAGCCAUUGAGUGACUGCGUUGUUAGUAAAUGUGUAAAUAUGAAUGUAGCGGUUUCAUAGUUUACGCUUUCCUGGCAGUUUGCCGCGGCAAAUUCGAAAGGAUGUCGUUCGGUGUUCGAUUUCAGGGUUGCCAACUGUAAAAUAGUGCGUUCUAAUUACAAAUUGUGAUGGUUUAACAUUUUUAACUUUUCAAAAACAGUACUUAAAUAUUUAAGGUCGUUGGAAUGUUUUGUAUUGUCCAUUUCAUUUGUUCAUAGUUGGUGAUCCGAAUAUUUCAAAUGCACUAAUUUCGGUGCAUGAGAGUAUCUUACGUCAUAUAUUUAUGAAAUUAUUUAUGAAACUGUACAAGUGUACAUGUAUGCCCUAACGACAAUAAGGAAUUUUCUAAUGUAAUAUUUAUGUGUAUAUAAAAUUGAUUCCAUUACAUACAAAUACAGUUCUUGAUGUAUUUUUUAAGUUUCAUAAUAUAAUUUCUUUUAACAUUAUACUCAAAAUACAUUAAGAUAUCAGUACAUAAUAUUAUUACGUUUUUGCUUUGUGCAAAGUGUUUAAUAAUAAAAAUGUCUAAAGUAUUUCAUUUGUAUUUAAUUUUUUGUUUAUUUAUCUAACCCAGCAUUCUCUGGUUACUAACGUUAUAUUUUUCAAUGUCCGUGUAAUAUUUAAAGAAGUCUAUAAAUUGUUAAUUAUUUACAUAUGUGUACAGUGACCAACUUUAUGCCAAAAUACUACAUAAUAUGAAGCUUCUAUAAAACUGUUCUGUUACAACAGAAACUUUUUAGUUUUAAUUUAACUGUUUUGGCAAAUAUGGUAUUUAUUUACGAUGAUUCAUUCAUGCAUUUCUGUGAUCGCUACAUCUGUUAAGUAAUUUUUUUAGUUUACGUUUAUAACUAUAGUUAGCACAAAUUGUCUGACAAAUAUUUUAUAAUCGUUGUUAAGUUAAAUUAUAUUACACUUUUCAGCUGUAUGUUAAAGUGCAUCAAAUGCUCCCUUAGUACAAGAUUGUGUACGGAACAUAAAACAUAUUCAUAUUUUGCUGAAAAAUUUUGUAAAGGAAUCAAGGCAAAAAGUUUUCAAAAUAAAUAAUCUUGACUAACUGUAAGGGUAUAAGAGAAUACAAAUGUCGUAAGA